GCUUAUGAAGUUUUGGGAGAUGAAAUUAAAAGAAAAAAGUAUGAUCUUUGCUUUUUAAAUGGAGAGGAGGGAGAAUAUCUAAAUCGCAAAAAAUUAGUCAAACUCAAACAGUCCGGAGAGUUGGUUGAUAAGGAUUUUAGAAAAAGUAUUGAACUCAUUUUACAAGAUGAAUUAAAAAUUAACAAUUUAAUUUGGGAAGAUUUAAAUGAGUUUGGAGCAAAAGUUGAAUUAAUGAAAAUAGAGGAAUUUUGCCAAGAAGUUCUUAGUGAUGAAAUGUCUCAAUACGAGGCUAUUCAAAUUACCAAGAAAUAUGUAAAAAUUAUUGAUGAAGUUUGUGUAGUUUUAAACGAGGCAAAAAGAAUAAAGGGUAAGUAUCGCGAAAAGUCAGCCGCUGUUAAGAUGGUUGAAGAAAAAUACUUAGCCGAAGAACCU